AUGGCGGCGGCGGCGGCGGCGGUGGUGGUGGUGGUGGUCAUAGGAUAUGAGGCGAGGUGGCGAGGGAAGAGGUAUUGGAUAGUGGGCGGUAGAGGGAAGACGAGAGGAGAGGCGGUUAUAGGGAGGAAGGCGAAGUGGUAUAUAGGAGGUGAAAGUGCGAGUGCGCGGCUGUGA